AGGAAAUUUAUAUUCUUCUACUACUGCCUGUACUUUUAUAGUGUUUAGCUUCAUUUAAACUUAGUGUGUGUGUGUAUGACAUGAGGAGUAUGAUUGAAACCAUAAAGAGGAAGUUGCACAAAUGAAAGUAGAAAUGUUCAAGGCCACAUCCUGAUAUGGCUAACGAACUCACCGAACUCACAUAUCUUCAGUCUCCAUAUCUUAAGUCUCCAUAUAGGGAGUUGUUUUUAUACUUUGUAUGCUCCUCCUAAGAAUAUGAUACAAGCUGUUUGCCUAUAUAAUAAAGAACAAGCUGAUGCCCCAGCGCGAUCCUCCGUGACAUGUCUUGUACACGUUGCUGUGUGGAGACUGUGUCGGGGCACCGCCCAUGUACAUGCAAAUAGCGCUGAGUCUGUGUUUCUUGCCUCCUGAGUUUUCUCUUAACAUUUCUGGUCCUUCGAGCACAGGAGGGAAAUACCGAAUAGAUUGUUCGUGACUCCCUAACCAGAGGUCCACACUGCAUCCUGACGUCGUGGGAACCUGGCACCGUAAGACUGUCGACAGCCCUCCGAGAGGAGGAUGAAAAGCCUAGGACGUGAAAUUCGGGUCUAGGUGGGUGACUUUAGCCCCAGGCCACGGCGGUGGGAUCCAGUGAGUGACCUCAACACUAGCCAGAGAAUCCAGGAGGGAAACAAUGAUUUUCAUCUACAUCAGCAUCACAAUUCUGGUAACAACAGCCCUGGCAAAAGGGUCAGUUGAGUGCAUUUUCUCAGAAUCUCCUGGAAGCCAUUAUUGUUUUGGAGCCGUAGGUCAGUCGUUAAUUUUUCAUCUGUCACAUAAAACUGAUACUUCAAUUGUAGUCAUGAAGGAUAUCAAAUACUGGGUUGUAAAAACUGCCAUUAAUGGGACUAUGUCUUUAAAUCAUGAAUAUGUAAAUCAACCAAAUGGCGUAAAUAAUGGAACACUGAAACUGGGUAAAGCCAUGAAGAAACACUCUGGAUAUUACCAGUUGGAAGAACAUGACUCUAAAGGAAAGUUACUGAAAAAAGCGAAUGUAUCUCUAAAAAUAUAUGCUCCAGUGUCAAAGCCAACACUGUCUCAGACGUGUUUGUCACCAGAACAGAUAAAGGUCAACUGCUUCUCUGAGGAAGAUGGAGUGCAAAUAAUUUUGAGUUUGGAUGGUCAGAUACUCAUACAAAGCAAUGACCACAACCAGUCCCUAAACAUUUGGACAGCCGAGUUUCCAAAUGUUACCAUCAUCUUAGAUGGAAACCUGACUGGAAACCUUAUGUGCCAAGUUUGGAAUAAUAUCAGCAGAGAUGAAACCGUUAUUCCCCUGGCAGCCUGCAGUGGUAGAGUAUUUAAACGUUCUGUUACAACAUUGACAGUGGCUGUGAUAACCAGUGUCAUCAUGCUGUUUUUUAUUGUAGUUUUGAUUGUGGUUGUAAAACGUUUUUCCAAGAAAACAAGACCAACAACAGUUGAUGAAGGUAACUUUGGCAGUGAUGUUAUCUACACAGAUGUUAGAGUGAUUAGAAAUAACAAAUGAAAUAAAACCAACUCAGGAAAAUCAGCUGGGAAAGGAUCCAACUCUGACCCUGAAGUGGUUAAGUAGAUGCAUGGAUGGGUUUUUUCCAAAUUUUGUUUUGUUAUUGGUAAUUACUCUAAUAUUUAGCAAUUUAAACAACUAAAAUGGGUAACAAGGAUGAAUAAUGUUUAUUGUUGUGGAGAUGUAUUAGGAUAUUGCAAUCAAUUUACAAUAUUCAUUUGCAACAAACAGUGUAAUCUUUGACACCUCCAGCUUGCACAUAACUUCACACAACACAGCUAUAGACAGAAACAGCUCCUGUCCUCACUAACAGCUGAAAUAGUUAAUGUUCAUAACUGUUAAUAUUCUGUAAAGCUUCUGUUUCAAACAAAUGAAAUGAUCAAAAUAAUUAGUAAAAAGAAUUAGUAAAAGAAUAAAACCUUUAUAAACUUUAUCCCAAAUCCUUAUUUGGUUAAUUCUAAUUUGUAAACUGAAAAUUACCAAAUGUUUCAAGAAAUUACUUCUUUGUUAUAAGUUCUGUUUUUGCAGAAUGGUAUAACAAUCUUUGGUAUCAGUAUUGUACUAUCAUCACUACAUACGUAUAUACAUAUAUAUAUACAUAUGUCAAAGCAUAUAUCCAGUGAAUAUAUAUAUAUAUAUAUAUAUAUAUAUAUAUAUAUAU